CUGCCGAUUUAUUGGUUUUCCUCACCAGAGGUGCCCUCGCCCUUGCCCUCGCAGCGAAACGCCGGAGGAGGGGGAAACGUGCCGGUGCGCUUGUGCGUCUCCGUCAGCGCGGUCACCGCACACCGCUGCCGGGCAUAUUCCUCUCCAAUACGUGGUUAUGUGGAUCGAUACCGGACUCUGCGCUGCAGCUGGCAGGCUUCCAACUCUUCAGAGCGGAUCGUAACACGGAACUCUCCGGCAAGACUAAAGGUGGUGGAAUCUGCUUUUACACCAACAGUGGCUGUGAUUCAGCAGCACUGCUCUCCUGAUCUGGAAACUUUUUUCAUCAACUGCAAACCCUUUUACUCGCCCCGUGAGUUCGCCUCAUUCAUUCUGGUCGGUGUUUACAUCCCACCGCAGGCCAACGUGCAGGACGCACAGUGCACGCUCGCCGACCAGAUACUGCGUGUGGAGCGGACAUUCCCGGACUCUUUAGUUAUUGUCCUCGGCGACUUUAACAAAGGUAACCACACCCACGAACUCCCAAAAUACAGACAACUUAUAAAAUGUCCGACCAGAGAGGACAAUAUUUUGGAUCACUGUUACACCACUAUCAGCAACGCUUAUCACGCCGUCCCCCGCGCUGCACUGGGCCACUCUGACCACGUCAUGGUCCAUCUGAUUCCUGCAUACAGACAGAAACUCAAACUCUGUAAACCAGCUGUGAGGACAUCAAAGCAGUGGAGCAGUGAGGCUGUGGAGGAUCUUAAGGCGUGUUUGGAGACUACUGACUGGGAUGUUUUCAGGACCGCCACCACCAGUCUGGAUGAGUACACAGAGACUGUGACUUCUCAUAUCAGUUUCUGUGAGGACUGCUGCAUACCAUCACGCACCAGGGUGAGCUACAACAACGACAAACCCUGGUUCAGUCCUAAACUCAGACAGCUGAGGCUGCAGAAGGAAGAGGCAUUCAGGAGCGGGGACAGGGACAGGUUUAAGGAGUCAAAGUACAGGUUUAGUAAGGCGGUGAGGGACGCUAAACGGCUGUACUCUGAGAAUCUCAAAAAACAGUUCUCAGCCAACGACUCUGCAUCUGUCUGGAAGGGGCUCAGGCAGAUCACCAACUACAAACCUAAUCCCCCCCACUCUGUCAACGACCUGCGUCUGGCAAACGAGCUGAACGACUUCUCUUGCAGAUUUGAAAGACAAUGGGACAGUCCUAACACCAACACCAUCCCCCGCCACCACCAGCCCCUGCCCUCCUGCACCCCCACCCCCACCUCAGCGGGGGCCUGCCCCCACCCUCAACUGCCCACAUUGAAGGACCCCCUUCCGUCAACUACCAUGACUCUCUCCAUCCAGGAGAGGGACCCGAGCGGCGAGCCGGUCUAUGCUGGCCACGCCCCUCCGGGCUUCCCCCACGCUCCUGCUUCAAUAAACUCUGUUCACUGA